CUUCUGGGAUGGAACAGAGCCCGUUGUAGGUUUGUGUUGCCAUCUUUUCUUUACGCUCGUUAUCUUUCGUUCACUUUCCAUUUCUUCUGUUUUUUCACGACAAGCCUUUGUUUCGCGUUUCUCCACGUACUUCACGGCAGGACCCAAGGGCAGAGGUGGUUUGGAUUGAGAUUACCAGACCAUGGACCCUCGAGACCUGCCAUGGGCUGAGCAUGAAAAGGUGUGCCUUCUUGCCGAAAUACUGAAAGUCGCUCCCAUAUCGUCCCAAGUUCUCUUAAAUCUCAUUCGCGACCACAACCUCCAGGCCCGAUGGAGCGAAGUCCUCCUGCCUCAAGGUCGUUGCCUACGCGCAUGUCAGACAGCAUAUCAUGACAUGGGCGCGACUCACUCAGCGACAGACUAUCGACGUCCGCAGUUGCCUACACCCUUGAUCUAUCCCGGUCCCGAGAUCUCCAGGAAGCGUCCCCACCACCCAGAGCCAGGUCCACCAACCGGACGACUGCUCCAGCCACGCCCACCACACGCGUACCCUGGCGAGUUCAUCCAAGCUGGCGGACCUGCCUAUAAUAAUCCAGCGAUCGCGCAAUCCGGCGAGCCAGCGAACAAAAAGAAGCGAGGGAGGCCAACAAAAGCGGAGGCACAGCAAAGAGCGCAAGAGGCAGCGGCGCGUGGCGAGGUCUACCCACCACCGAGAAGAGGAAGAGGAUCCAUCACAGCACCCCCGGAGCCAUCGCCCUCUAGUGCAGACGCACCACCGCUAGCGCGUACUCCUCCACAAUCCGUACACACUCAAUCAGGCACUACAAUGACACCACAGCACCAGAUUUGGACUGAAUCUGGACCCGAAACAUCGUCAGGGAAGGGAAGACGCACAAGACCUCAGCCAUUGGAGCUGGAAAAGCCUCAGCGAGCACUGAGCGAGAUGCAAUCGCCUCUGGGCUUUGGAUCAGGAGAUCCCAACCGCAACCAGACAUACUCGUCAUUUACACCUGUUUCUGCGCCUCUGCUUUCCUCAUCAGAUUCGAGAGACCGCGACUCACGCAUAGAAGGAGUCGAAGAGGUCCAGCCCCGAACAACAACACCCCACUCGUUCAAAGACACAGUCGGCAUAUGAAAACGUUUCCUUCGUCACGACAGCACUCACAGCGGCAAUCUGUUUUCAAGCGUUCUGAAGACUUUCCUUAUGCGGUCCUGAUGACCCCUCACGCCACGAACUCUUUACGGCAAUCACGGAGGUAUGCUCUGCAAUUUUUGCUACACAAUUCAGAAGCUUUGUUAAAGCGCAUCAUCAUUUUCAUGUUGCCUCUCUACAGGCGACACUUGUUUCCUAAAUACGCUCUCGUUUAC